AUGUCCGUUGAUGGUGAUGUUAUCGCGGGCGAUAAAAAGACAGAAGAUGCUAAGGCUGACGAAAUAACGGAGACGAAGGCACCAUCGCCGGGGAAAUCAACCCCCAUCCAAAUCACUAACGGUACUGGAGGUGAUUCCAAUGGGAGCCUGGAUACCAAAUUCUCAAUAGAUGAUAUACUUAUAGGUUGUAAAGUGUAUGUCUCCAAAGAUGGAGAGUUCAGGAUUGCAGAGAUCCUUCAAGAACACACUAAGAAGGGAAAGAAGGUGUUCUAUGUGCAUUACCAAGAGUUCAAUAAGCGUUUAGAUGAGUGGGUCGGGACUGAUAGGAUAGACUAUCUGCGAGCGAUGAUUAUGCCCGAGGUCAAAGUGGACAAAAAGGAUGAGAAGAAAACCACCAAGCUGCUGAAGCUGCUGAAAAAGACGUCCAAAAAUUCCAAAGACUCCACAGAGACGCCUGCCCCAGAUACUCCCACGCCCGCACCAGACGGUUCUUCGGACAAGAGGGACGAUGAGUUGGACCUUGAUAACUUGAAUGUCCAGGGGCUCAAGAGGCCAGGUGAGUUGGUUAGCAGGGAAGAUGAAAUAAAGAAGUUGAGAACCGGUGGUUCAAUGACUCAAAACCAUCUGGAGGUAGCCAGAGUGAGGAACUUGUCUGCCAUUAUACUUGGUGAACAUAUAAUUGAACCUUGGUACUUCUCACCCUACCCAAUAGAGCUCACUGAAGAAGAUGAAAUAUACAUUUGCGACUUUACCUUGUCUUAUUUUGGAUCCAAAAGGCAGUUUGAGAGGUUUAGAUCUAAGUGCUCCAUGAAGCACCCUCCAGGGAACGAAAUAUAUCGUGAUCCCAAGGUGAGUUUCUGGGAAAUAGACGGUAGGAAGCAAAGAACUUGGUGUCGUAAUUUGUGCUUAUUGUCUAAAUUGUUCUUAGAUCAUAAGACUUUAUACUAUGAUGUGGAUCCGUUUUUAUUCUAUGUCAUGACAAUCCCCUCGAAAUUGGGUCACCAUGUUGUCGGUUACUUCUCGAAGGAAAAGGAAAGCGCAGAUGGUUAUAACGUCGCAUGUAUUUUGACGUUGCCGUGCUACCAAAAGAAAGGUUACGGGAAACUAUUAAUGCAGUUCCUGUACAUGUUGUCGUAUGUAGAAGGAAAGGUCGGUUCUCCAGAAAAGCCAUUAUCUGAUUUGGGAUUGUUAUCAUACCGUGCCUACUGGACUGAUACCUUAAUUAAAUUGUUGGUUGAGAGAAACAACCCACAUUUAUUCAGGAAGAAUAAUCCCUUGUUGGAGGAUUUGGACAAUAGUAACGGAACAAAGAAGGAAUCCACAUCCAGUCCACAACCUUCUAGUAAUGGCUCCUUAAAUGGUAGCAGCAAUGGAGGAAGUCUAUUUGGAAACGGAUCUGGAGGAAAUGGUGCAGUUUCAAGUGGAGGCAACAAUACUACAGCAGCUCCUGUCCCUGUCCCCGUUUCAAGUGAAAUUACAAUUGAAGAAAUAUCGGCAAUCACUUGUAUGACUACCACUGAUAUUCUUCACACUUUGACUACUUUACAGAUCUUACGUUACUACAAGGGUCAGCACAUUAUAGUGGUCACCGAUCAAAUAAUGAUGAUGUAUGAUAAAUUAAUUAAAAAGGUUAAAGAAAAGAAAAAGCACGAGUUGGAGCCCAGAAGAUUAAACUGGAGUCCACCUUCUUUCACUGCCAAUCAAUUACGUUUUGGAUGGUAA